CAGCGGCACCUGGCUCCGCUCCCGUCUCUUGCAGGGCCAGAAAAGGUGUCAUGGAAGGGUUCCUAUUCGAGCCGGAUUACCCCCCGGACCCCGACCGCCUGUGGAGGUGGAACAUGCUCUUGUAUGUGGACGAGACCUACCGAACCUGGUUGCCCAUCAUCAUCAAGAUGGAGGGUAGCCUCCAGGUGCUCAUGCGCCAGGAAGACUACCCCUUGGAAAGCCCUCUGAGUCCCAGUGAGAUGACUCCGAGCCUCCUGCCUGUGUUGUAUCAGCUGUACCCUGAAAGAAGAUACCGAGGCUCAGACUCCAGCCUCUGGCGCAUAGUGUACCACAUCGAGGUCCCCAGGGAGACGCUCUUUGGCCAACAGUCGCAGGCCAAGCCUGAAGGGGAAGACCUGGGCCACCCAGGUCCCAUCUGCUGCUCAGGCCACUAG